UUGUUGAAGAGACAGAUUGAGGAGGAUAUGGCAACUGAGGGGGAUGUAGAGCUGGAGUUGGAGACCGAGACCAGUGGUCCGGAGAGGCCUCCUGAGAAGCCACGAAAACAUGACAGUGGAGCAGUAGACCUGGAGAGAGUCACUGACUAUGUGGAGGAGAAGGAGAUCCAAAGUUCCAGUUUGGAGACAGCCAUGUCUGUAAUUGGAGACAGACGUUCCUGGGAGCAGAAAGCCAAACAAGAGUGGGAGAAGGAACUGGCAAAAGUCACUACCAAGAAGGAAGAUCUGUUAUGGAUGACACAGAUGGGAAUCUCAAGAGCAGCAGCAGAGCAGAGCUUGAGGGAACACAUGGGCAACGUGGUAGAGGCUCUGACUGCUCUAACCAACUGA